CGGCGCGCUGCGCUUCGGCCCCCGGGGGCCCAUGGACCGCAAACUUUGUGAGCGUCCGGAGCCCCGGGGCGGGGCGGUGUGCGGGCUCCGGCCCCCCCCGCAGGGCCCCCCCCCGCCCGCUGCCCGCGCCGCGCACGAAGAGCUGGACGAGGAGCUGGACCACAUCUUGUCGCCGCCGCCCAGGCCCGUCCGCAAGUACAGCAGCCCCGAUGUGUACUACGGCCUGGGGGGCGCCAAGACCCUCAAGGUCAAGCAGCAGCUGGGUGAGGAUGGCCGGCAGCUGCGGCGGGGGAGCCUGGGAGGAGCCCUGACCGGACGCUACCUGCUCCCCAGCGGCACCGCGGAGCGGCCGUGGCUGACCGCGGCUGGGCCGUCCAACCUCGUCCGCAUGCGCAGCCAGGCUCUCGGCCAGUCGGCGCCCUCCCUCACGGCCGGCGCGAAGGAGCUGAGCCUGCCCCGAAGAGGAAGUUUUUGCCGGACCAGCAACCGGAAAAGCCUGAUCGCCAAUGGCCAGUCCUCGGCCCUGCCGCGGCCUCACUCCCCGCUCUCGGCUCACGCAGGUCCUCUUGCAGGCAACAGCCCUCAGGACAGCCCCAGGACCUUCUCUCCCAGCACCUCGGCUCACUUUUCCUUCGCCAGAAGGACCGAUGGAAGGCGGUGGUCGCUGGCGUCUCUGCCCUCGUCCGGCUACGGGACCAACACUCCCAGCUCCACGGUGUCGUCGUCCUGCUCGUCCCAGGAGAAGCUGCAUCAGCUGCCGUACCAGCCGACCCCCGACGAGCUGCACUUCCUGUCCAGGCACUUCUGCACCUCGGAGAGCAUCGCCGCCGACAGCCGCUGCCGCGCUUCCGCCCUGCGCCCCCGCUCCCGCAGCCUCAGCCCCGGCCGCUCUGCCGCCUGCUGCGACCACGAGAUAGUCAUGAUGAACCACGUCUACAGGGAGAGGUUUCCCAAGGCCACGGCCCAGAUGGAGGAACGGCUGCGGGAGAUCGUGACGAGCUACUCCUCGGACCACGUCCGGCCUCUGUCCGACGGCGUCCUCAGCUUCACGCUCCAUCAGCUGGUGGAGCUGGCCCGCGACUGCCUGGAGAAGGCCUGCCAGGGCCUCGUCUCCUCCCGCUACUUCCUCGAGCUGCAGCACAAACUGGACAGGCUGCUCCAGGAGGCCCACGACCGCUCGGACAGCGGGGAGCUGGCCUUCGUCCAGCAGCUUGUCAAGAAGAUCCUGUUCGUCAUCGCCCGCCCCGCUCGCCUGCUGGAGUGCCUGGAAUUUGACCCGGAAGAAUUCUACUACCUCUUGGAGGCGGCGGAAGGCCAUGCCAAGGAAGGGCAAGGCAUCAAGACGGACAUCCCCAGAUAUAUCAUCAGCCAGCUGGGGCUCAACAAGGAUCCCCUGGAAGAAAUGGCACAGCUGGGCAGCUACGACAGCGGGGCGGCGGCCACCCCGGAGACGGACGAAUCUGCCGACAGCUCCGCCGCGGCGCUGAAGCUCCGGAGAGAACCUCGGGAAAGCGACUUCGAGACCAUCAAGCUGAUCAGCAACGGAGCGUAUGGGGCGGUGUACUUCGUGCGGCACAAAGAGUCCCGGCAGCGGUUCGCCAUGAAGAAGAUCAACAAGCAGAACCUCGUCCUGCGGAACCAGAUCCAGCAGGCCUUCGUGGAGCGCGACAUCCUGACCUUCGCCGAGAACCCGUUCGUCGUCAGCAUGUACUGCUCCUUCGAGACCCGCCGUCACCUGUGCAUGGUCAUGGAGUACGUCGAAGGAGGAGACUGUGCCACUUUGAUGAAGAACAUGGGCCCCCUCCCCGUGGACAUGGCCCGCAUGUACUUCGCCGAGACGGUGCUGGCGCUCGAAUACCUCCACAACUACGGGAUCGUGCACAGGGAUCUCAAGCCGGACAACCUGUUGGUCACGUCCAUGGGGCACAUCAAGCUGACCGACUUCGGCCUGUCCAAAGUGGGGCUGAUGAGCCUGACCACCAACCUCUACGAGGGCCACAUCGAGAAGGACGCCCGCGAGUUCCGGGACAAGCAGGUGUGUGGCACGCCCGAAUACAUCGCGCCCGAGGUGAUCCUGCGACAGGGCUACGGGAAGCCGGUGGACUGGUGGGCCAUGGGCAUCAUCCUCUUUGAGUUCCUGGUGGGCUGCGUGCCCUUCUUCGGGGACACGCCGGAGGAGCUGUUCGGCCAGGUCAUCAGCGAUGACAUCGGUUGGCCAGACAAGGAGGAAGAGAUUCCGCCUCCCGAAGCCCAGUGCCUGAUCACCCUGCUGCUACGCCAGGACCCCCUGGAGAGGCUGGGCACGGGCGGUGCCUACGAGGUCAAGCAGCAUCGCUUCUUCCACUCCCUGGACUGGAAUGGCCUGCUGAGGCAGAAGGCCGAGUUCAUCCCUCAGCUGGAGUCGGAGGACGACACGAGCUACUUCGACACUCGCUCCGAGAAGUACCACCACAUGGAAACCGAGGAGGAAGACGAGGAGGACGAGACCAACGACGAAGACUUCAGCGUGGAAAUCCGGCAGUUUUCCUCGUGUUCCCACAGGUUUUCCAAAGUGUUCGGCAACAUCGAGCGGACGACGCGGCCCUCCGCCGGGGAAGGGGAGGACGCCGGAGACGAGGCCAAGAGCCCGGCACCGCCGCCCCCGCCCGACUCUCUCGGCUGGACCGUGGGGCCAUCCGACAUGCCCCGGCCCCCCGCCUUCCACACCCUGCCCACGCUGGCCGUUUCCACCGAGGGAGAGGCGAGUUGGGGGGCCCCCCGAGGGGAGCCGCAACAGACCGGACGUCCGGCCCAGCGGGUCAGUCGGGACGAGCCCGAGACCGCCGGCCCAGAGCGCGUCGCCCGCGGCUCCGCCCUCCUGGUGGGCGGCAGACCCCCGGAGCUCUGGGACCGGCCCGACGGACGCCCCGAGGACGUGGACGGAGCCGCCGCCCCUCCCCGAGCCCCCGGGGGUCCGGUCAGCCCCCCGGCCCGGACGCAGCUCGAUGGCGCCGCGGAGAAGAGCGAGAUCCACAAGUCCCUGUCGGCCGGCGCCUUGUCCCUCACCUUCGCCGGAGAUGCAUUCGGCGUGUCUCCGCUGGGGAGCCCCGUGUCCCCCCGCUCGCCGUCCUCCGACCCCUCGUCGUCGCGGGACCCCUCCCCGAGCCGGGCCCCGCCCCCCGCCGCCGGCCCCUGCCCCGGGGCCCAGCAGCCCGUCGUGGUGCACAGCUCCGGGAAGAAGUUCGGCUUCACCAUCCGGGCCAUCCGCGUCUACGUGGGCGACAGCGACGUCUACACCGUCCACCACGUCGUCUGGAAUGUGGAAGAGGGCAGUCCCGCAGCCCAGGCGGGGCUGAGGGCCGGCGACCUCAUCACCCACAUCAACGGCGAGCCGGUCAACGGGCUGGUCCACCCCGAGGUCAUCGAGCUGCUGCUGAAGAGCGGGAACCUGGUGUCCAUGAUGACCACGCCCUUCGAGAACACGUCGAUCCGCACAGGGCCCGCCCGGCGCCACAGCUACCGCAGCCGGAUGGUCCGGCGCAGCAAGAAAGUCAAGAAGAAGGAGAACCUCGAACGGAAGCGGUCGCUUUUCAAGAAGCUGGCCAAGCAGCCGUCGCCGCUGCUCCACCCCAGCCGCAGCUUCUCCUGCCUGAGCCGCUCCCUGUCGUCCGGAGAGAGCCUGCCGGGCUCUCCGACGCACAGCCUGUCCCCCAGGUCGCCCACUCCGAGCUUCCGCUCCACCCCCGACUUCCCCUCCGGGACAAACUCGUCUCAGAGCAGCUCACCGGGCUCCAGUGCUCCCAGCUCUCCGGCCGGCUCGGGCCACGUCCGGCCCAGCACGCUCCACGGCCUGGCCCCCAAGCUGGGCGGCGCCCGCUACCGUUCCGGCCGACGGAAGUCAGCGGGCAGCAUCCCCCUGUCCCCGCUGGCCCGGACGCCCUCUCCCACGCCCCCGGCCCGGUCCUCCUCCCCGCCGCCGCCGCCGGCCGUUCACCCGCGGUCCCCGUCCCCGCUGCUGGGGACCCCCCGCCCCACCGCCGCCGCCGCCGCCCCCCCUUCUCGGGCCGGCCCGGCCUUCGCGGUCAGGACGCCCUCGCCGGGCGCCGGGGGGCACCCGACCGGGCGGCCCAAGAGCGCGGAGCCUCCCCGAUCGCCGCUACUCCAGCGGGUGCGGUCGGAGGAGAAGCUCGGCCCGCCCUGCGCCGGACGCAAGCCCGGUCCGGAGGGGAAGAUGCCCGGCCCGGAGGAGAGGAGGCCCGGCCCGGAGGGGAGGAGGCCCGGCCCGGAGGGGAGGCCCGGAACCCCGCCGCGCCGCCUGGCCCGGAGGAGGGCAGAGGGGAGGCCCCGGCCGGGCCCCGGACGCGGGCCGUGGAGCAGGGCUGCCUCAAGCGCCCGGCCGCCCGCCAGCCGGGCUUCCCAGAGCCGCCGGCCGGCCCGGACCGCGACAGGCCGGAGCCGUGGAAGCGGAGUCCGGCCGGUCGGGACCCCGAGGGCCCCGCGGUCCCGCGAAAGGAGGACGGAGACUCCCGCGGGGCCGGGGAGCGGCCUAGCUCCUCGGGAAUCCCCGCCGUCGCCGUGGACGGCGGCCGGCGGGGGGAUCGGCUCGUGCAGGGGAGGUCCAGCGGCCCGACGGCCGGCCCCGGCUCCCCGCCCGAGGCCCAGGGCCACCCCCAGCCACCCCCGGACCCGGCCAGGGGCAGAGGGGAUGCCGCGGUCCGAGAGCCACUCGGGGUGGAGAGACCGGCCGGGGGCCAGCUCGCCCACCUGGGUCUGCUGCGGAAAAGGGCGGCCAUAGCAGAGCAGGACGGAGGCGUCUGUCCGGGACGCUGGCCCAAGCCGGCAGUCGGUGGCCUCGGUGGCGCCCCCCGGCCCGUGGGUAUGGAGCCCCCGCGGCCACAGGACGGCCAGGCCCAGGGCAUCGGCGGCACCCACCGGGCCUCCGCGGCCCUCCCUGCUCCCUC